GGAACAAGAGAUCACAACAUUGUUAGUCUCGAAAAGUUUUUGGGAGAGUAUAUUAGUAAAAACCAAAGCCAUUAAGUUGAAUUUCAAAAAAGGUCAAGUUUGUGCAGAUGCAGCAAAGACUUCGGAAGACUCCUCAGCAUGAAGUUCCCUCUGAGUGCCAGCUGUGUGAUAGUCGGAUUUCUGAGAGUAGCUUUUGGCUUUCCUUUGGACCCAGCACUGGAUGAAGCCUGGACUAGUUGGAAAUCAUUCCAUAGAAAGCAGUACCAAGAGGAAAAUAUAAAUUACAGAAGAAUGGUUUGGGAGAAGAAUAUGAGAUACAUUGAACAACAUAACCUGGAGCAUUCAAUGGGGAAGCAUUCAUUCACUGUGGGGAUGAACCAGUUUGGCGAUCUGACUCUGGAUGAAUUCAAGCAACUUCGGUUGAAUACAGACAAGAGAAAGGAAGUUGAGAACUCAACAUGGAAAAUAUUUGCACCAAAAGAAAAUGCUCAAUUGCCUCCACACGUUGAUUGGCGGCCAAAGGGCUACGUAACUCCAGUGAAGGAUCAGGGCCAAUGUGGUUCUUGCUGGGCAUUCAGCACAACUGGAGUACUGGAAGGACAGGUAUUUAACAAAACAGGAAAGCUCAUUUCCCUGAGUGAACAGUACCUGAUGGACUGCAGCAGAACUGUGGGGAAUGCAGGCUGUAAUGGUGGAUCUGUCAUGGCCAGCUUCGCAUUCAUAAAAGAUCAAGGAAUUGCUUCCGAACAAUCUUAUCCAUACAUUGCAAAGAAUGGUGAUUGUAAAUUCGAACAGAGUGACAUUGUUGCCACUUGCAAGGGUGUCACGCAGAUUCGGAAAGACUCCGAAGUGGAUUUAGCUGCAGCAGUGGCCACUGUUGGACCGAUUUCAGCUGGCAUCGACGCAGAGCACAGAUCCUUCAUGUUGUACAAAUCAGGAAUAUUUUAUGAGCCUCACUGCAGUACUGUGGACCUUGAUCAUGGAAUUUUGGUGGUUGGAUAUGGAAUGGAAAAUCAGAAGCCAUAUUGGAUAGUAAAGAACAGCUGGGGAUCAAACUGGGGCAAUAAAGGAUAUGUCCACAUGGCGAAGGACAUGGAUAACAACUGUGGAAUUGCUUCAAAUGCCGUUUAUCCUGAAGUGUGAGUGUUCAAGCAUAUCACAUGGAAUGGACAAAGGGGCCACUUGUCAGCCGGAGCUGCUUCUUCACACCAUUGUUACUGCUGCAUAUUUUCAUUUAACAUUGUCACAGCCUGUUAUGAAUACAAAAUUUUAAACAAAAACAAAACUCCUAUCAUUAAGAGGGCUGAAAUCUAUCAUACAUGUUGAAGUGUUAUCAUAAAACAUUAAGAAAUUUGCUAGGCACAGGUGAUUCUGCAUUGCUAUGCUAAAUGAUGACAAUGUUCAUAGUAUAAUAGUAAUAAUAAUGAAUAUUUAAUUGAUCCUGAGUA